AAGAAUGGCAGCAAUCAUCACUAACGAUGACAUAAAUGCCUUCAAUGUUUCGAAUAAGUUUGGUUUUCUGAAUGUCAGCGAUAGUGACGAUGACGGAAGUUGGCAGAAACCCAAAAAACCAGCUAAACUAGCGAAUUCCGCCCCCAAGAAAAAAUCCUCAAAACCUCAGACACCCUCCAAUGCGAGCUCAGUUGUGGGUCUAAACAGUGCUCCUUCACAGAACAUUAUCUCCCACCAACCUGCACAACAGGGUCUCAGUAAAAACGCUAAGCGGCGUGCCAGAAAGAAGAAACAGGCCGUAGCAGAAGCGAAUGAGAAUGCGACAGAAGACACCGUAUCGUCAGCCCCUGUCCCAGCUCAAACAGACGAGGAAAUGUUCCAACACCAGCUGGAUCAAGCUAUACGUAUGAGUAAAGUUGAGUCAGUAGAAACUGAGAUAAAGCAGCUCACUCAGAAGACAUCCCAACAUGAUUCAGCCCCGAAAUCUAACAAGAAAAAGAAGAAAAAGGGUCCGGCACCAAAUGAUAAUGAAAAUGUGGAGCCAGAAGUAAAAGAGGUGGUAGAAGAGGAAGAAGAAGAGGAAGAAGAAGAGGAGGAAGACUUGUUCGUGCCAGUGAUAGAUGAUAUCAAGGAUGUUAUCAAGAGGAUAUCUAAAGAGGAUGAGAUACCCAUCACUGAUAUACCUAUUGAUAACAGCCAGCUGCUACGAAAGCGCGCCAUCGAGCUGCAAGAAAUAAAUUCAGAGUUUAAACUGAAGCUUAACUCUCUACUACGAGUAGGCUACAAGUACAAGAGGAAAUACCAGAAAGAAAAGGACAAGAGCAAACUACUUGGCAAAGUUGUGUCCAGAUGCGAAUCGGCUAAGAAGUCUGAUCUGGUAAAAACAAUACUACAACACGAAGAGACUGAGCAGAUCAUGACAAAGCAGAUAGAAGAGCUUCUAGAGGAGUUGGAGAAAGAGAGGACUAAGCUUAGUCAACUGCAUGCUGAGCGGAAGGUAUAAAAUGGUGGCGCAGUCAAGAAAGUCUCAUUCUCCUCCGAUACCUAAACUCCAGAUGUCCCAAUACUUCUACAUUGUGCUCAUCUAACGGCUUUCAAUGAACUGUAUUGUCGUUUUUAUUUUGUCGGUUUCACUGGUGAUAAUUUGUUAGUUCUCAAAAACUUCCCUUCGCUAGUUCAUUCGUCCCAAUCGUUAUUUAAAGUUUGAGAUCUAUGUUUUAUAUUGAUCUUCUGUUUUUAUAUUUUAUCUCCAAACUAAUUUAUUAUUGCAAAUGUA